AUGAAUUCAGAUUUUGAACCGCUUAGCUCCGCUAGCUAGUUAGCCGGUAAACCGACGGCAGAAAUGCUGGCGGGAUUUCUCUCUUGCUCUGAAUGCUGUGGAAGCAUUUUUAAAUGUGCUGCUCGCUGAGCUGUUGAACCUUCCUGCGAACAGAAGCUGCUUUUGUUAAACUAUUUAAAUUGCGACAUAAUUGUGUAGUUUUUUUUAACGGGAAAUUGUAAUUUAGAUGUAACGUUAUUAUUCGUAGUGGUUGAUUAACUUCAGCUCGCGCGGGGAACACAUAAGGAGUCCAACUGACAGCACAUCAGGGAGGAGGAGGAGGAGGAGGAGCAGCUGAUCCUGGACAGGGAUGUUCGCCGGAAACCAAGAGAUCAGUGUGAAAAGAGUUUACUCGAGGAAGAGGUCGAGGGACGUCCUGAAGACUCACCUGACACCUGCCCGGAAGAGAGGAGAGGUUACCUGUUCACAGCAAUGUCCCCAGACCUGGAGGCUCAACAGCAUCAUGGCUGAUGGACAAGCUGUGGAGUUCUACAGCGACAGCGAGGAUUUAUUCGGGGACUACGACAGCCUCCUGCAGGACAGCUCUCUCCUGGCGAAGCUGGACGAUGCGGAACACAAUGAACGACAGCGAGACGUCCGGCGUUCGGCUGCCGAUCAGCCGGACUUCACCGCUCUGCGGACGUCGAAAGACGCCGUCUGGAAACCGUCCCGUGAAGACGUUCUCACGGACUCCAUCUUAGACGCCCUCGGAGACGAACCCUUCGAGGACUUGCCUCCCAGCCAGCGUCAGUUUCAGGAACAAGUUUGUGAGAACGUGAAGAGGAGCAGACUGCAGGACGGAGGCAAAACCUCGACGCCUCUUAGAAACACAGACGGGCCCUCGGAGCCUGGAACAGAAAGGAACUUGGAGGAUAAGAGACAACCGAAGGCGAGGAGGAGCGUGGCGGAUCAGCUGAAGAGGACGAUGCUCUGUAACGCCGCAGCUCCCGCUAACGUUUCACGCACUGUAGCGUUAAAAGAAGCUGUAGUUUCUGAGGAGAUCAGCGUCGCCAUGCAGGCCAUGGAGACGGUCUCUGCUGAGACGACCGACCUCGGGCCCUUCUUUGGGCUCCCCACCAAAGUGAAGGACCUGAUGUACAAGCUGAGAGGAAUCGAGAGUUUAUACGAUUGGCAGGAGACGUGUCUGAACCUGGACUGUGUUCAGCAGAGGAAGAACCUGAUCUACUCUCUUCCCACCAGCGGGGGGAAAACUCUCGUUGCAGAGAUCCUUAUCCUCAGAGAGCUGCUGUGCAGGAAGAAAGACUGUCUGUUCAUCUUACCGUACAUAUCGCUGGUGCAGGAGAAGGUGCGUGGGUUAGCGAGCUUUGGCCUGGAGCUGGACUUCAUGGUGGAGGAGUACGCUGGCAGUAAGGGCAAGUUUCCUCCCGUGAAGAGAAGAAACAGCAGAUCUCUUUACAUCGCUACGAUAGAGAAAGCCCACAGCCUCGUCAACUCUCUGAUAGAGACCAGCAGGAUCGAGGACCUCGGCCUGGUGGUGGUCGAUGAGCUUCACAUGUUGGGCGAUGGCAGCAGAGGGGCUGUUAUUGAAAUGACUCUGUCCAAAGUCCUCUACAUGAGCAAAGCUACUCAGAUUAUUGGGAUGAGCGCCACUCUGGGAAACAUCGAAGACCUGCAGACAUUUUUAAGGGCUGAAAAUUACACCAACGAUUUCAGACCUGUCCAGCUGAAGGAGUACGUUAAACUGCAGGACACGAUCUAUGAAGUGGACCAAAAGGAAGAGGAAUGUUUUAGAUUCUCACGUCCUCUCAACUUUAAGUACUCAAGUGCGAUGCAGAAGAUCGACCCGGACCACAUCAUCGCUCUGGUGACUGAAGUCAUUCCAACACAUUCAUGUCUGGUUUUCUGCCCCACCAAGAAGAACUGUGAGAACGUGGCAGGGAUGAUCUGCAAAUAUCUGAAAGAGGAGUUCCUCCGACUCAGGGAGGCAGAGAAGGCCGUCCUCCUCAGAGAACUGAGGGACAGCGGGAAUGGCUCGGUGUGUCCGGUGCUCAGGAAGACGGUGCCGUAUGGUUUGGCCUAUCACCACAGCGGACUGACCUCCGAGGAGAGGAAACUGGUGGAGGAGGCCUAUUCCAACGGGGUCCUCUGUCUCCUCACCUGCACCUCCACACUGGCUGCAGGCAUCAACCUUCCUGCUCGCAGAGUGAUUCUGCGCUCACCGUACGUGGCCACGGACUUCCUGAAGAGGAGCCAGUACAAGCAGAUGGUGGGUCGGGCGGGUCGAGCAGGGAUCGACACUGUUGGGGAGAGCAUCCUCAUCCUGCAGGACAAGGACCGAGACAUGGCUAAAACACUUGUGUGUGCCCCGAUGGAAAACUGCUUCAGCAACCUGAUGCACGACGAUGGGAAGGGCAUCCUGAGUCUGAUCCUGUCCCUCAUCGGAUUAAAUAUCACCACGUCAGAGGAUCAGCUGAGAGAGUUCCUGGGUGGGACGCUGCUGUACGUCCAACAGAAGCGGAUGUGUGUGGAGAAGAGUCUGUGGGAGGUGGUGCAGCAGUGCGUCCACCUCCUGAAGGAGAAGGGCCUCAUCACUGUGGCUCCAGACGCUAAUGGUCAGACUCUACAGGUCACCAAGCUGGGAAAGGCUACGUACAAAGGCUCCGUGGAUCUGACCUACAGUGACGUGCUGUACAAAGACCUCUCUAAAGGUCUGGAGGGUCUGCUGCUCAACAGCUGCCUCCACCUGGUCUACCUGGUCACACCGUACGACAUGGUUUCACAGUGUAAGCCCGACUGGAUGACGUUCUUCAGACAGUUCACCCUGCUGUCGGCUGCAGAGCAGAAGAUGUCUGCAGCCGUCGGAGUGCCGGAGAGUUUUGUUGCUAGAAAAGCUGCAGGACAGACGGUGAAGAAGAGCGUGAACAUGGAGGUGGCGAGGAGGAUGUACCUGGCCCUGGUGCUGCUCUCCUUACUGAAGGAGACCAACCUGUGGAGCGUGGCCGACAAGUUCCAGCUGAGCCGAGGCUUCGUUCAGACUCUGCUCAGCUCCUCCUCGGCCUUCUGCUCCUGCGUGCUGCACUUCACAGAGGAGCUGGAGGAGUUCUGGCCGUUCAAAGCUCUGCUGACGGAGCUGACGCGAAGGCUGAGCUACUGUGUGAAGGCUGAGCUCAUCCCUCUGAUGGAGGUGGCUGGAGUCAUGGAGGCGAGAGCGAAGCAGCUGUAUAACGCUGGCUAUAAAACGCCGACUCACCUGGCGAACGCUGACCCUGCUGUUCUGUCCAAGACGAUAGAAAACCUCUACAAGAAACAAGCCGAGCAGAUAGUGGCCUCUGCUAAAAUGAUGUCUCUCUGUGUUCCAGAUGCUUGUGAAUGAAAAAGCUGCAGCUCUGCAGGAGGAAGUGGACGACCUGCUGAUGAUGCCUUCAGAUCUGCCCACAGUUUCAAACACAGAACUCCUUUGAGUUCAUUUAUUACAGAGAAGUUUUAUUCUCUUUGGAAACUUUGCUUUUUAUUGUUUCAUUUGUUUGAAAUAUACAUCUUAUUAAAAUAAUGUAGGAGAAGGACUCAGCUAUAUUUUUGUGUCAGCCAGUGAUGUGAAGGCUGUAAUACUGGAGCUGAAAGGUCUCUGGAGUAUUAAGGUGACCUUCAAAUGUGUUUUCACUAACAAGUCUCUCCCACACACACACAGAAGAUGUGUAAAUGCCUCUGUAGCUCAAAUUAAAUUCUCAGGUUCACUAUU